GAUUAUAUAUAUUAUGUUUGAAAUUAAAAUGUAUGACAUACGGCAAACAUUUGUCAAAGAGAAUAACACGUGUAGUGUAGUACAUGUUUUCUUUGAUACAUAUGUUAGAAAUUAUUUCGUAAGCAAAGGAAUAACGUUGAUGUGUGUUAUUAUUGUAGUACGUUAAAUGUGCUUAUGCCAAGUUCUGUUUUCUAUGGUGUACGGGCUAUUUUGAUUUAUGUUGAUUACUAAAGAACCGUAUACCUAUACAACCCAUUCCACCCCCAAAGAAGCAAAAGUUUUUAAGGAAACUCAGAAACUAAAAAAAAUUGUCAGACUGUAUCGGGAUUAAAUACAUAGUUCCGAAUUUUGUAACUGUUGACUAUUACUAAUUCUUUUCUUGAAAUAUUUUUAAAAAAUUUCAGUCACUCCUGAAGGAAAUCUAAUUGAUACUGGCUGCCAAAAUGGACAGUGCAGACACUGAAGACGAUUUCCAAGAUGCAUGCGAAAUACAACCCAUGCCGUGCUCUAUGGAUAUUGAUACAGCAAUGGAAGAAGCCAGAUCAGCUGUACAUUAUUUUUUCAAUAACAAAUUUGAAGAGGCAAGAGAAAUUUUGAAACCAUGGGCAGAAACAAGUAUGUACCAUGCUGUUGGUAACAGUGUGUUCCUGUUUCUGGAAGCAAUGCUUACAUUUGAGCAGGGCCAUAUCGAAGCAGCUUCUGAUGCCCUUAAACAUUGCAUAGCAGUUUGCAAUAAGUACAGAAAAAAAUCCACAAUAACUGAAUCAAUUGGGAAGAUGGUGAAGAAGACUAAUUAUGAACAGUAUACGACUGAAGAGAUUCACGCUGAGCUAUGUUAUGCUGAAUCAUUAUUAUUGAAGUCCAUGCUAACCUUCAUUGAAGAUGAAACAUUAGUAAGUUUCAUCAAAGCUGGUUUGAAGAUAAGAUUGUGCUACAACUCUUACAAGGAAUGUAUGAACAUCCUCAACACCAGAAAAUGGCAACAUGAGAAUCACAAAAUUCAUUUUGAAAGUGGAGUUAGGAUGGGCAUUGGUGCUUUCAAUUUGAUGAUCUCAUUGCUGCCUGGACGUGUAAUAAAGCUGCUGGAAUUUAUCGGCUUUUCUGGAAGCAGACAUGUGGGUUUGAAAGAACUAGAACUUGGCUAUAAACUUCACAACAGCAUUCGGCAAAUUCUGUGUGUGAUGGCACUUCUUUGCUACCAUUUGAUUGUCAUUCAUGUCUUCAGUCAUUUUGAAGGUGAUCUGGACUUCUGUGAUGAAAUCCUAAAACACCAGCUACAGCUAUAUCCAGAUGGUGUGUGGUUCCUGUUCUUCAAAGGAAGGCUUGAGUUUAUGAAAGGAAAUAUUGAUGAAUCCAUUUCAUGGUACACGCGAUCCUGGAAGUCUCAGAGUGUGUGGCCUCAGUUUCACCAUCUUUGUUUCUGGGAGCUCACAUGGACAAACAGCAUAAAGUGUGAUUGGAGGGAAGCAAGUGUGUAUGCAGGCUUCUUGUUGGAAGAGAGUCGUUGGUCUAAGACUAUUUAUAGUUACCAAAAGGCAGCGAUACUCAUAAUGCUUGGUGAAAACAUGACUGCUGAAGAGAAAUCAGAGAUUGAAAAUCUUAUGAGGAAUGCACCACAAUGGAAACAGCGAAUAGCUGGGAAGUCACUUCCAAUGGAAAAGUUUGCCAUUAAGAAGACUUCUCGCUAUUUCACUCAAGAAAAUUCAUUAGUUUUACCAGCCAUUGAACUAAUGUAUGUGUGGAAUCUGUUCAAAGUAUUGGGAAAAAAACACCAUCUUGUUCUACAAAUGUACAAAAUUAUUGAAAAGGCACUAGUGAGACUGAAUGAGCAGCAAGAAAGAACUGAUUAUGAUGCUGACAACAGGGCUCUUGUUCUCCUCUUGAAAGCAGCCUGUCUUCGACAGAUGCGGAGUCCACUGCAAGCAGAAGAGUGUUUACAAACUGUCCUUUCGCUUGAGAAAAAACUGAAAGAGGAUCUUUACUUAGUUCCAUAUGCAAUGGUUGAGUUGGCAUUUGUCUGUAAAGAUAUGGGUGAUUUGAACCGAGCAUCUCAGCUACUUGAAGAUGCAAAGAAGAACUACACUGGUUAUUCUUUGGAAUCCCGCCUUCAUUUCAAAAUCCAUGCAUUUCAAGCAGAUUUGGAAGAAACUAAACAAUCAAGUGAUGAAAAAGUUCCAGAGUCUUCAAAAUUUUAGAGGGAGACCAUUAUUUUCAUGUAAUAUAACCCACAUUCCUAUUUUUAAAAGAAAAUGUGUGGUUGUGUUGUACAUUUUGUGAUAAUACUCCAUUGUUUUUGUUUUUGAAAUAUUUUUAUUACAAAUAAAUUUUGUUUUUCUCGAAACCAUACUAGCAGAAAUGUUUUAUAACUGCUGCAUAACAUGUUUAAUGAUUCUGUUAAAUUUUUAGUUAAAUAAACAGCUGUUUCAGUAAUUUACAGUUUGCUUGUAUUAAAACCAAUUUGAAAAUGUAUUAUGUUUCUCCACCAGGUAUUUAAUUUUUUUUUUUGGGGGGGGGGGGGGGGGGAUAUUGAAAGCUCUGUGAGGAACAUAGUUUUAAUAAGAAUACCAAAUAAAGUUUUAUAAGGCACAGUGAUAUUUAAAACAAGUUGUUAUAAGCCGCUCUAUAGAUAUAAAACAUUAUAGGAGCAUUGGUCUUCUUCAAAACUAACUAUGGAAAUGUACCCGUUUAAUGUAACCAACAAGAAAACAGGAAAAACUGUACUGAAAUGAAAACAGACAGUAACAAUUAAUUCUGAGCGAACAUAAAAUGAUGCCGGUAGUGCAGUAAUGUAACCGGGGCAGCAAAGUCAACAGCCAGAAUCCACCCAAAAAGAUCCUAAUGUGAGUGGCUUGAUUGGUGCUGUAUUAUAGAAUGUGCCUAAGCAUAGAAUGCUGGACUAUAGACCUUUGAUUGUAAAUCAUUUUCAUCCUAGAGAGAGUCUCACUGUUACUUCGUGGUGUAAAGAUACAGUAACUCCCCCCCCCAACCAAGUUUUUUUUUUUUUUUUUUUUUUUUACUAAUUUCAUGGGACCAGGACAGAAAUAUGUAAAAUAAAAAAAAAUCAGGAAUGUGUAAAAUGUGGGAAAUGCUAAAUAUUUUUUUUUAGUAUCUAACUAUAAUAAAGUAAAAACAUUAUGGAGCAGAUAUACAUAAAGCAAAAUUAAAUGUCAAAGAUUCCUAGAUUGUUCCACAAUGACUGCCAAUAACUAGAAAUUUACUAUCCCAAAUGAUGAAAACAAUAGAUCCUUACCAGUACACAGUAAUUACCUAUGUAAUAAUGUGCAUAUCAUAGCAUCUAAAAAUUAAUAUAAGUUUAUUUCUAAGAUAGUGAGAAAUUUUCUUUCCCUUUUCUUGAAAUAAUUGCUUUCUUUACAUUUAUUAAUUUCAUAUCCUUUUUGUGGAAGAAAUCUUAUUAAAUGAACUCAAACCACUUACAAUGGAUUUUUUUCAUUUGGGAACAUAAAAGGUUAAGCUGCAUAUCGACAUUGCACAGCAGCCUCGAGAGACAGUUAUCAUUGUGAGGCGGCCUCACGAUGCAGAACAGACUACACGAGGUUGCCGCGCAAGCCAAGCCGAGCCGUCAGUAGCUGCGAAGGAAGCAUGGCAUCGCCUGCACGAGCUGCUUCAGCUGCAGCUGCAUUUAUUGGGAAUUAUAAUAUUUUAAAAAAGUAAACAGAGGCUUAAACCACGUUAGUGGAUCAAAGAAUUGUACAGAAACUGUGUUUAGUACAAAAAUACAUUGUUGCAGGUUAUCACGUGUGAAACUAUAGAAGAUAUUAUAAAGAUUUUUACACGUAUGAUGCUUGUGGACUUUAGCACUUAAAUUUGUUGAUUAGUUCUCGGAUAGAAAAAGUGUGAUACAUGUAACAGACGAUAACAGUUAAGGAAAGACCUGCUAGAAAAUUAAGAUUCUUAGCAACAUGUGACUGGUUUAAAGUCUGCUGUAUCUUUCUUGUGUGUCAAAAUAGUUAUUUAUAAAAUUGUUCUGGAAGUUUGCAAUGCAGUCAGUUAAAACUUCAACUUCUUUUGCUACAUAAAUAAUCUUUAGCAGAUUACUACAAAAACUAAAUACUUUGUAAACAAAUAAUGUAUUUUACAUGAGAAAACAAACAUUUUUAAUAUCAUGAAACAUUAAAUAUUCUUUAAUUUUAAAUGACCCUACAGUUAAUGAGAAUGAAAUCAUGAACUAACUUAGCAUGUUUAAAAUGAAAGUUACAAAACUUAUGACUCUUAUGCCUCGUUCUAUGUCUCUGUAAUAGAAGAUUUUGAAAGAAUCAACAUCAUCAUCUGGCCUAAUGGAUACUUAACAAGCCUUUAUUAUGGAAAACUUCACCCAAACCAAAUUGCAAGCUCUACUUCUGAUUAUCCAUCAAAAUUAAAUAGUUUUACCGCCAAUUCUUUAACUUCCAACUCAGUAGCUUUUAGUUUGUACCAGGUGCUCCAAGCACCUAUCCAUAAGCACGGUUCAAAAUUUAAUAUUUCCAAUUAGCGUCCAAUAUUUGUACUGAAUGGUUGUUCCAAAAUUUUUGAAAAAAUUAUAUCCAAAUUUCAAAAUUUUCUUCUCAGUAAUAGAUUAUCUACUACACGCCCAAGCCAACUGUGAUCCCGAGGAGGGGAGUGACGGGAGCGCUAGUGUCGCAGUGAGAGAGGGGUGGGGAAUGAGGAGAGGUUGGCAGUAGGGGAAUACCGUUAGCUGUGGAAGCAAGGAGUAUACAUAUGCGUUCAUAAGUGUACGCAACGAUGGCCAUGAAGCGCAGUCGUGCAGUAAGAAAUGUUGUGAUAAGGUGAAGGUACAGUUGUAUGAAACAGCGAAACACAGUGUCUACGAAGAUGUCACAGUGUGUACCAAUGUGUGUCACAGCAUCACAUCGUACCAUUUGUGUUAUAAUAAUUAUUUCACUUAGCACCAUAUUUAACAUAUAUGUCGGUAUACAUAUGCCUAUAAUCAAAGAAAAUAUUGUUUGUGUGAUUAAUUAAUGAAAAAAAUGCAAGAAACAUUUCAACACAGUUUCGUGCAUAGUGCAUGUAACAAACGCCCACUCAGCCAUUUAGUUCUUCAAUUUCUGAUAUGUUACCAUUGGAAUAUGUGCUGCUGUUGUCCGAAAAGUCCCAUUCACUGUCUGAGCUGGACUCGUCAAAGUUAACAACAAUUUUCUCAAUUUCGUGCUCUAUUAGACAGUCACCUGUCCAGUACUCUGCUUUUGUAUGUUUUACAGGUAAAAUAGCAUUUUGCCAUUCUUCUUUGGUGACGCUAUUGAUUGCUUCUGUUGUGAUGUUUUCAAUGGUAUGUGAUGAUUGAGCGACAUUUUUUUCAGCAACACGUGAUUUCACAAUGUUCCAUACAUAAUAGCAUUAAGCUCACAGUGGUAUGGUGGUAAUCUUAUUACUUCAUGCCCAUGUUCUUCUAACAUCUCAUCUAUGCAAAACCUGGGAGGUGGACGUCGACCACGAACGAGCUGGAGGAGUUCACAUUUUGUCAUAUCAUUGUCAUGCGGAAUGUUGUUGUUCUGUAACCAUUGGAUGAUAUCUUGUUUUCUUGUACCGGCUGUUGGUGGCUUAUUUAACUGGACGGAAUGAUAAGGGGCAUUAUCCAUUACAACCAACGAAUUAGCAGGCAGAUUUGGAAUAAGCUUGUCUUGCACCCAUCUGGAAAAGUAACCGGCUAUGUAACUGGCUAUGUAUAGUUUUUUGUUUUGUUGUACUGCCCGAUGCCAUUUGUCAAUACACGUUAUAUUGACUUGAUGUAAUAUUUGGACAUAUGCCAUUGCUUAGCACAUGUAUGUCUGUAGAAGAAAACUACAAAAAAACACAAAUGACAAAAAACACAAAUUAAGCAAAAAAUUGUUAUUGUCAGGAUUUAACGCCAUACAAUACUCCACAACAGAAUAUGGCCAACAAACAAAGAAAAACAAAGAAAAAUGGACUAACAGAACGGAAAAAAAACCACAAUGAUGACAGCACAAAAAUACCGAACCCAAAAAAUUCAGCACAACAGUUGAAACGAGACAGAAACACAGCAAAACGAAAAGACGAAACAAACACAAUAGUUUUCCAAAAAAUAAUAAACAAAAUAGAAACAAAAAAACCUCCACAAAUGAUGACAGCACAAAAUAUUGAACCCAAACAAUUCAAUAUGGUAUGGAAGCACAGGUGCGUCUCUGCCUGAGGACGGGAGCAGAUAGCAGUUCCCGAAACGUCGCUUGUUUCUGUUUUAGAAAAUUGUUGUGUUUGUUUCGUCUUUUCGUUUGGUCGUGUUUUUGUCUCAUUUUGACUGUUGUGCUGAAUUGUUUAGGUUCAAUAUUUUGUGCUGUCAUCAUUUGUGGGGGUUGUUUCGUUUCUAUUUUGUUUAUUAUUUUUUGGAAAACUAUUGUGUUUGUUUCGUCUUUUCGUUUUGCUGUGUUUCUGUCUCGUUUCAACUGUUUUGCUGAAUUUUUUGGGUUCGGUAUUUUUGUGUUGUCAUCAUUUGUGGUUUUUUUUCGUUCUGUUAGUCCAUUUUUCUUUGUUUUUCUUUGUUUGUUGACCAUAUUCCUGUUGUGGAGUAUUGUGUGGUGUUAGAUCCUGACAACAGCAAUUGUUUGCUUAGUUUGUGUUUUUUGUCAUUUGUGUUUUUUUGUAGUUUUCUUCUACAGACAUACAUGUGCUAAGCAAUGGCGUAUGUCCAAAAGCUUACAUCAAGUCAUGCACUCCCAUUGCACAAAUCUUUAAAAAAUAACACGUUGUAUUACAGUCACGCACGCUUCGAAACCUUGCUCCGCUUUCAAAGGAUCCGUGAAAUACUUGAACAGCGAUACGUAUCCGCGCACUGUGUCGUGACUUAUGGUGACAACUCUACUUGCCGUCCCACCCGCGACAUGACGCGCUUCGACCAUUGAGGCGGACUAGGGAAAGGGAGGGGACAGAGUGGUGGAAGGGAUGACGGCGGAGGGAGGGGUCCGUCUGACCUUGGGUAGUUCACAUUUUUCCCGGGACCACAGUUGGCUUGGGCGUGUAGUAGUAGUCAUCAUGUUUGCAGUAGAGGAAUGUCUACAGCUACUAACUUAAUUACAUUUCUCAAUCCCAUAUAGAACGAAAUAGUUAAUAGAGGACAGGUAGAUGUCGUUAUUUCGAUUUGGCCAAAGGUGACACUGUUAACCACUCUUUAUUGCUCAAAACGUUAUCUCAGUUUGGUUUAUGUAAUAACUAUAUAAAUCAGUUUUCCAGUUAUUUGAUAGAUGGAAGUUUUUUGUAUCAAUAAAUAAUAAUAAUUCCUCUCUCUUCAAUGCUAGUUCUGGAGUUCCUUAGGGUGGUACUUUAUUCCCUCUUCAUUUUAACAUUUUUAUUAAUGAUAUCAUCGGUGUCUUAAACUACUCCACCGGAGUCCUUUUUGCAGAUAAUUUGAAAAUUUACAGGAAAAUUAGUACUCCUAACGACUGCCUAUUAUUAUAACAUGAUAUUAAUAAAAUCAAUAAUUGAUGCAUACACAAUUUAGUUAGACUUAACAAGGAUAAAACUUAGAUAAUAUUCUUUACGAGGAAAUAUUACCCAGUCAAGUACGACUAUAACUUGUUGAACUUUCAAAUCAUCAGAACUACAUUAAUAUAAGACCUUGGAAUCUUCCUAGACUCCAAGUUAUUUUUUCAUAAGCAUGUUAACUAUUUAUAUUCUACUACCCCAAGAACUUUGUCUAUUAUAAAAUUCAUCAAUUUUUAUGCUACUAAUUCAGAUUCUAUUCUUUCCCUCUAUUUUUCUUUCAUUAGAUGUAAACUAUAAUAUUGCUCUAUCAUUUGGAACAUCAAGUUCACUGAUAACAAGAAAAUUGAAAGAAUUCAAAAUAAAAUAAUUUAAUUAAUUAAUCUAAAGAGAUUUUCUUAUUCUAUCCUUAUACAGUAAAACCUUUUUGUUGCGACCCCAUUUAUUGCGACCACCUCUCUAUUACAACCCGAUUUCGAGGAACCGUGAAAAAUUGCCGAAAAUCUGAAGAAAAUUGGACAGAAAAUAACUUUCUUGUGGUGAGUAGUGUGUUACUGCGUUUCUCUUGCCGAGUGCUGUACUGCCGUAGGCAGCGCAUAUCUAAAAAUAGAUACCACUUCCUGUCGACCACUGUCAGUGCUUAACAACCCCCAUUCCAUCUCCCUUUGCCGGCAGGGUGCAGAUAAAGGUUUUUGUGGCAACGUGCUUAUGACCGCUACCAGCGCUUAGCAACCCCCAUUCCACGUCCCUUUCCUGGGCAGGGUGCAGAUAAAGGUUUUUGUGGCAACGUGUUUACGUUUAGCUUUUUGCGAGUGUCUAGUGUGGUACGCAGUUAAGGCAAAGAAAGCUACCUGCUGGAUUUAUUUUGAUUUUGAUUACUAUCGGUUGACAAUACACAGCGACCGACUGGAUGCACGCCCGCCUCGACUUGUUUUAACUACCGCAGCGAUGUUUAUUUUGACAGCUCAAGCAAUUAUCUUUUCCCGUGGGUUGAUAGAAAAAGGUCGCUUCACCCAGCAUAAAAAAAAAAGGCUACGCCACUUAUUGCCCACGCAGGAAAAACACUGGCUGCCGUCUGUCUCCCUCGCAUUUAUCUUUCUUAUAACAUUCCACGUCUCACCUCUCGCGCGACCACACAUUGGGCCGUUUUAUGCUUUGUUUGGUGACAGCAGCUUGAUUUUAUUCUGUAUAUUCCUUUAUAGGACCCUUGCUAUUAAAAUACAUUUAUAUUUCAGUUUGAAAGCUUGUAAAUUCUUUGCCAGAGAUGACUGAACUCGAACUUGGUGUGAAAAGUGACAUAUUUUGACCCCUCCCUCGCCACUUUAGUACCCCAUUCAUAAUAGCCCAAUUUUACGGGAGAAGGGAGGGUGAAAUGAGCAUUUUCUCACUGAAGGUUUUUCAAAGGGGAGCGAAGUUGGGGUGUUAUAAGGGAGGACACUAGAUGGUUUGUGUGUUUGGGAGGGAUGAGCUAGCCUUGAAGAAUGUUAACGAGAGAGGAGGGAGGGGUGAGCUUAUGCGUCAUGAAGCCGUUGCCGCCAGCCAGCCGGGCGAGCUUCAUUUGCGCCCACUCGCGUUGCAGAACCUACAGCUGCCAUAUUUUUAAAGGAAAUGUCCCAUUAUUUUUCUGUUAUUCUUACAUGAACAUUAUUGGAAGUAUUAAAGCCGACACAAAAAUAUGUUGUGUGUUAAAAUUAACAGAUUUUAAAGAUCUUUCAUUUCGUUUUUUUUUUUAAAUUUUUUUUUCCUGAUUUACACAUUUUGGUCAAAAAGUCCAAUUUUUUGACGGUUCCCGAGAAUGUAUUCGUAAAAUCACUGCUUCGUUAAAUCCGGGGUUCGUGACAUCGGGGUUCUAGUGUAUUUAACUACGGAAAGCAGAAAACGUACAUGUAAACUAACACAUAUUUUCUUUAGAGGUGGCCUGUAGGGCGACGGACUUGUUAUGAAGGUUGAAGUGGGUUUAUAGCAAAGCCGUCUAGCAUUGUGAGUGACAGCAUCCUGCCAUUGUACGGCUGGUUAGCGAGUAGCGGUUUGGGAGGGAGGGGGGGAUUGAAAUGAACUGAAAAUUUCGGAAAACAUCUAUUAUGACCCCCCCUCUAUUACGACCUUAUUCCUGGGAACCGUGAGGGGUCGUUUCAGAGAGGUUUGACUGUACCUCUCUCAGUUUUGAGAGACUACAAUGAGACACUCUUUAUUCAAAAUUGCUACAACUCUAAAAUUCAAUGUAAGUUUAUCCUUGGAAAUUCUGGCUUGAGAGUACCACAAUUCAAUAGUCAUUUAAGAUCUACUUUAUGCAGAAUUAAUAACAAAAAGACUGUAUCUAUUGACUAAUUUUUAAUUACAAUAAAUUAGAUUUGUAAUUCUAUUGAAUGAAUAAAAAAUGAAAUGUAAUUUUUCAUAUUAUUAAAUGCCUUAGUUAAGAACUUAGUAAAUAGUUAUAACAGAUUUGUUCUUCUCUUUCUUUUUUUUUAUUAAUUUGUGUUGUAUGUAUUAAUGUUUGUGAUAUAAUUGUAUUUGUUGUGUUUGUUGUAUGUAUUGUCACCGCUAAUAUAUGUUACUUUUGCCUUUGUGUGUUGGCCAUGUGCUGUUCUUACCUGCUAUGGUGCCGACAGGGGUGGGAUGGGAGUCCAUAUGUUUGCGGUGAUGAACUUGUGUUUGUCUUGUAUAUUUGUCGUGCCCAACAUCCAAAUCUAACGACUGUUGGUGGGCAUGUCACAAUUUUAAAUAAAUAAAUAAAUAUUGCCAUACCAAAAAACAA